AUGUCCAACGAUAUUGAACUUGAAGACUUUUCGGGCAGGAUACGACCAACGCGCUCGGACGAUGAAACUCACGUAAACUCAGUUGAUCAAAACUUCACAAGCCAAGAUGGGGCAAUAGGUCUUUGGGUUUGGAUUUCAGCGGCCUUCUUUUUCGUGUUUUCUACAAGCUUGCUACUGUUCCCAAGGUUUCUCCUCUUCAUGGCGGAACCAUCAGGAGGACGAAGUGUACUCUCACCCCUUGAAUCCUUCUUCGCGGCACAACUAGGCAUUGUGAUGGGCGCAGUCGCACUCACUCUGGUAGUAAUGAUACCAAAUGCUUCGCCUAUCGGUUUCCAGCAGGAUGACCAUGUGAACUCCCAUCCACUUCUCGUGCCUGUCACUUCUGCCUCAGUUUUACUCUCAUUCCUUUCUUACAAUGCAAGCGGCGUCGGAUCUCUUGGCAACUUUGUUUUGCUAGGGUCAUCCCUUGUCAGCUUAUUCGGGCUCUGGGUGCUUCUUUUUGCGGGGCCAUCUGUGAUCUCGAAGAAGACUGGAGCUGACAAGCGCACCUCCGCAUUCAUAUUCGGGAACAAGAACGCCGCUUCCGUCCGCAAAAAGGAGUGGAGUAAGCAGCAGACAAGGAACACGACCUCGUAG